AUGAUCCCACCGUGCGAUCCUACCAUCUUGGAGACUAACCCCCAGUUUAAGAAAUUAUACCAGAAUCUGACGACUACCCUCCUGAACCCCGAUGGGUCGACGCGUGCCCACGAUGCGCAACCUGAAAGAAAGGCCGCCCUCGAAAAACGCGUCCUACGUCGAUUGGCCUUCGACCCCGACAGCGAGUUACCAGAUGACGUUAGUACCUCCGCACUGGGCGCGACAGAAGUGAACGCUUCAACUGACGAAAAUCUCGGGCCUGCUCAGAGUCGCGACAAUAUCGCCAUAGUUACCCUGUACUUGGACUCGUCCCGCAGUCAGCUCGACCUCGACAACGACGCUCGUGACGACGUAGACGCGCUGUCCCUACUCGCCCCGAACAUCGAUGCCUUCUACUCCGACCUGCCCUUGCUGAUGCCACCCUUCUCGCGCAUAUUAUCCUCGCUUACCCAUGAUCUCCGCCUGAUCGCCGAUGCCGGCAUCGCUACGAGCAACAACGCACCGUCAACGGAGACGAGCCGGCCCCGACAGCGGUCCCGCCAGUCGAUGGCCAAGUUCGCGCCGCAGGUUCCGCUCUCGUCCCAACUUCGCGAGAGGAUACAGAGACUGCGUCAGACACAGCUGUCGGACCUCCCUGCCGCGCGCGCGCGGAUGGCCGCCACGGCGGCGGAGGUGUUGGCGAUGCGGACGGCUGUGCUAGAACGAAUGGUGACGCUGCUGGAGCGCGCCAAACACGGGGCAUUGGCGCGGGCUACCAAGGCCAAGGCGGAGCAUCUCGCCAUGGUGGCGCAGGGUGUCGAGGGCAAAUUGAGCGUUAUGCAAUUGGAGAUCUCCAACGCGCUUCAUACCCCGGAGGUUACUACUGCGCUGGGUCGAUACCGUGAACACCUGCAACAUGUGCGAGCGCGGCUGGAGGAGCGGCGCGUAAAGGCCCAGGAAGAGCUCGAUGCGUAUGCGGCGGCUGAUUCGGACGCGUCACGACGUGUUGGGUCUGGGCCUGUCAGAGAGAUCGCUCGUCGGUAUGGGGCGUUGCUCAAGGAGAUGGAGGAUGUGAGGAUGGAGAUUCAAAGGUUGGAUAGUUAG